CUAUGCCGCGAAAACGUUAUGUUUGCAAAAACAAUAAAAGAUCACGUGCGGCUAGAGCUCGGGAGAAGAAGAAACAGGAGAAGAAAGAAGAGUCUGCUUCUGUUUUGAAUAACUUUUUGGUUGAACUGGAAGAUAGUGAUGACGAGAUAGUGAUGGCUGAUGCUGGAAGCUCCAAUGCAAGCUGGGACCAACGUAAUUCACCUGAAAAUUCAUUCAAUGUUGAAAAUGAAAUGAACCAUGGUGAUGAGUUGCCGCCUUUACUCUUUGAGCGAGGAGAAGCGGAACCAAACAGCAACACAGCUAAGAGGCCACCGCAUUGUGGACAUUCAACAUGUACUAAAACAACUUCAAGUGAUAGCGAAGAGUUCAUUGUUACAUCAGAACCAUCCAAUCAAAAAGAAGAUGUAAAUGACGCUCUUGUAUGGGGAGCCAUGGUGGUUGGAAUUGGAUUUUCGCAACUUGAUGAAAUGAUGAGUGUGUUGGAUGUUCCAAUCAUGGGUCACAAUAAGUACAAAAGCCAUGAGACAAGAGUUGGUAAUGCUUGGGAAGAAAUUUUUUUUCAAAAAAUGAAAGAGAACGCCGAUGAAGAAAAAAGACUUGCCUUGGAAAAGGGUAACAUGUUCCAUGGGGUUCCAUUCAUAACGGUAAUUGGCGAUGGAGGCUGGGCUAAAAGGUCUUAUGGACAUGGGAUGAAUUCUAGUGGCGGAGUGGGUGUAAUAAUUGGAGCUGAAACUAAGAAAAUAUUAUUCAUUGGUGUGAGGAAUAAGUUUUGUUUUUCUUGCACAAAUCCCAAAAAGAAAAAUGCCGAACAUGUAUGUUACAAAAACUACACGGGGCCAAGUACUGGAAUGGAGAGCAGCAUUAUUGUUGAAGGUUUUCGGAGAAGUGAGGAAGACUAUGGGCUGAUCUACAAAAAUUACAUUGGAGAUGGUGACUCAAGCAUGUAUGCUAAGAUUCAAGAGGGGUGUUCUUAUGGUAGAUACAUUCAGAAGAUUGAGUGCACCAACCACGUGACUCGUGCUCUGAAUGACAACCUUCACAAGGUGGCAGAAAAUACGCAGUUUCCACUCUCUUCUUGGAAACUCUUGAGCAAGCCUGCUCCAGGUGAGACGGUUAGCCGAUUGGAAAGAAUUGUGAAGGGGGUUAGGACAGCCAUAAAAGGAGCCGGUGUGAAUAGAAAUGCUCAAGACAUGGUGAAUCUCAGGGCUACACUGAAAAAUGCUCCUGAUCAUGUUUUUGGGAAUCACAACAAAUGUGGAACAUUCUGUAAAAGGAAGGAAUUAAACGAGGAAAAUGUUCUCCCAGAAAUUGAUGUGGUUGUCAUGAGCAAGAUAAGAACACUGAUCGGAAAUGUGGAGUCAAAAGCAGAGAGCCUGGUCUUCAACGAAACAACCAAUAUUGCUGAAAGGUACAUGGGAUGUGUGGCAAAAUUCACAGGCGGCAAAAGAAUGGUUCUUUCAAAAGGAGGUGUGUUGGGGCAGGACUUGCACACACUGCAGGAUCUGGCUGGCAUCUAA